AUUGUCCGUGUCCGUGUGUGUGUGUGUGUGUGUGUGUUGUGCUUUUCGGGUCUAGCCCUAUAAAUAACAUUGGGUCUGGGCCGGUCGGUCGGUCGGUGGUCGCUAAUUACGGCAAAACAUGAAAAUCUACGCAAAAACUAACCCAACAACUCAGAGAGUGGCCCGGGCAUGGGUAAUUAAUCAAUUUUCCGCUUGACCACUAAGCAAGUUUCCAUAUCAUAAUUAAAAACAAAAAAUAAAGCAUGACAAACAGCGAAAGCAUAAAGAAAAGUAAAAGUUGAAACUGAAGAGAACCAGACAUAUCUUGAAAUAUCAAAGAAUCAAAUAAUAAUCAUUACAAAGAAGUUACCAUAAUCGCAUAUCGAAAGCCCCCAUGAUAUCAGAGCUGUAUAUAGACUAGGCCACAGCCUAGAACCGCUCAAAGAACCAAGACUUUAACGAGGAUCAAGGAUCAAGAGAAGCCCCUACAAUGCUUAUCCGAGGAUUCCUUAUACUAGUGCUGCCCUCGAUCAUCCUAGGCAAUCGCUACAAUCAGCUGACUUUGUAUGCAAAUGGAGGAGGAGGUGGAGGAGGCAGUGGAUCUCCAUCCUCCACAUCGGGUGGCAGUUCAUCCUCGGGACACUAUCGGACAUCCACAUCUGCACAGCAGAAUGAGGUCUACUCCGUGGCGGACAGUCAGCCCAUGACAGAGGAUGGCUAUAUGCCACCCAAUCAGCAUUUUCCACACAACCCGCAUCCCGAUCUGGAUACGAAUCCAGCGCAGAGCACCUGCCAGACGGUGUGCGCCUGCAAGUGGAAGGGCGGCAAGCAGACGGUGGAGUGCAUCGAUCGGCACCUCAUCCAGAUACCCGAGCACAUCGACACGAACACGCAGGUGCUGGACAUGUCCGGCAACAAGCUGCAGACCCUCUCCAACGAGCAGUUCAUUCGGGCCAACCUUCUGAAUCUGCAGAAGCUUUAUCUGCGCAACUGCAAGAUCGGGGAGAUCGAGAGGGAGACCUUCAAGGGGCUGACCAAUCUGGUGGAACUCGAUCUCUCACACAAUCUGCUGGUGACGGUGCCCAGCCUUGCUCUGGGUUACAUCUCCUCGCUCAGAGAGCUGACCCUGGCCUCCAAUCACAUCCACAAGAUCGAGAGCCAGGCCUUUGGGAACACGCCCUCCCUCCACAAACUGGACCUCUCCCACUGCGACAUACAGACCAUCUCCGCCCAGGCUUUCAGCGGCCUGCAAGGACUCACCCUGCUCCGCUUGAAUGGCAACAAGCUGAGCGAGCUCCUGCCCAAGACCAUCGAGACAUUGAGUCGCCUCCACGGCAUCGAGCUGCACGACAACCCCUGGCUCUGCGACUGCCGCCUGCGGGACACCAAGCUCUGGCUGAUGCAGCGGAACAUUCCCUAUCCAGUGGCGCCCAUGUGUUCCGGUGGACCCGAGCGGAUCAUCGAUCGGAGCUUUGCCGACCUGAAUGUGGAUGAGUUUGCCUGCCGCCCCGAGAUGUUGCCCAUCUCCCACUAUGUGGAGGCGGCCAUGGGUGAGAAUGCAUCGAUCACCUGUCGCGCCAGGGCCGUGCCGGCAGCCAACAUCAACUGGUACUGGAAUGGGCGACUCCUGGCCAAUAACAGCGCCUUCACAGCCUACCAGCGCAUUCACAUGCUCGAGCAUCUGGAGGGAGGCGGUGGAUUCGAGAAGCGGUCGCGUCUGGUGCUCACCAAUGCCCAGGAGACGGACUCCAGCGAGUUCUACUGCGUUGCGGAGAACAGGGCCGGCAGUGCCGAGGCCAACUUCACGCUCCACGUGAGCAUGAGAGCAGCUGGAAUGGCAUCCCUGGGCAGUGGACAGAUCGUUGGUCUGAGUGCGGCUCUGGUGGCCCUCAUUGUGUUCGCCCUGGGCGUGGUAAUGUGCCUGUUGCUGCGCGUGAAGCGACAGCCGUAUGUCGACAGCAAGACGCCCAACCACAUGGAGGUGAUCACCUCGGUGAACCACCAGAAUUCCAUCACGAACAAGACGCAGCCGGUGACGGGAAAUGGCAGCAUCGGAGGCGUUGUCAUAGCCAAUGGAGCUGUGGCCAACUGCAUCGAUGGAGGCAUGAAUCAGGCUGGCACUCUGGAGCGGAAGAGUAGCGGGAGAGGCUCACAUGUCGCCAGUCACGAGCGCAGUGCCAAUCCCGUGCAGAAGCCGCCUCGACUCACGGAUCUGCCCUACUCCACGCAGGGAUACGACAAUGCUGGGAGUGUGCUCUCCACGGCCUCAUGCUUCAUCUCGCCCACUGGCUCCGGAAAUGGUGGCAACAAUCCCGAUCUGAUCAACGACACGAAGCGCUUUGGCAGCGACGAGUUUGCCGACCUCAAGAUACCCAUUGUGGGUGGCGUUGGAGGUGGUGGCAGUGGGGAAUACAGCCGCGCCAAUGGCUGCGACUCUCUGUACCCCUCGGGACUGUGGGAGCACGCUGCUCCGGUGGGCACCAGCUCAGCGGACGAUCUCUUCAUGAAGCGCUACACGGACAAGACGCCCAUCAUCGACUCCAGUCAACUGUACGAUCUCCACGAGCGCUCGGCGGCCACGGACUACUUCAGCAAGACCUUCCCCAGAUCCCACCUGCAGCAGGGUGGGGGUACUCCAGGUGGUACUGGAGGAGCGGGAGCUGCAUCGACCACAUCCACAGCCACGACAAAUCUCUCGGGGGGCUCCUCCUCCGGCUAUCCGAACGACUAUGGCCUGCCACUGGUGCCAGGGGCGGAGCAUCAGCACAAUCACCAGCUGCAGAUGCAUCCCCUGCAGCAGCUCCAGCAGCAGUUGACCUCCACCCUGAAUCACCAGCAUGGAGCUGGGGGCAGCGCCGGCGGCUCCGCUGGCAGCAGUCCCCAUUUCAGCAGUCGCACGCUGCCACGCCUGCACGACGGAGGAGGCAACAGUUCAAGGUCCUCCCCCAUACCGGCCAUGGCGGCGCCGGUGCCCGGCUCCAGUUCCUGCUCAAUUCUGCCCAAUGGGCAGCCCAUCAAUGCCAAGACGAUACGGGUGUGGCAGAAGGGUGGCGUGCCGGUGCUGCCACCCGUAACGGCACUGAAGCGGGCCCUCAUCAGCAGCAGUCGCAACUCCCCGGACGAGGGCUACCAGGAGGGAUGCGGCACCGAUGUCUAGGCCAAGAUCCACAGAGGCAGAGAGGCAGAACGCUGAGCCCCCGCUGAGAGGAUGGACGGAAAACCCAGAAAGAACUGACUAAACUUAACAGAAUAAAAAGAUAUAGCUCUACAAAAUACUCGUAAGAGAGAUGCAUAGAUAGCUCUGAUCCUAGGCGAAGCGAUGACUUUUGUGCAAGCGAACUGUUUGUGAUAGUGUCUGACAAAAAAGAUAAUGCGAAUGAAGAUAAUAAUUGCCGAAAGCAAAAGAGGAGUUCAACGAGAAACCGGAGGAAGGCUAAAGCGAAAUCAACUGCACUACACACUAACGUAUACUUUCCUAGGCGAGUGACUAAAUAACUCACUAACUAACUAAUAUUUGUAACUGUACGAACUAAAAACCUAAGCAUAACUACACUUAAGCGACAGCAUGUACAUACUUACCAGUUUGUCUACCCCCAAAAACGGAUUGCUCUCAACUCCCCGCAUAUCCCUCGAAAAUAAACCAAAAUAUAUGGAAUGGAUUCCUUGCAGAUAAAUUUAAAGUAAACGAAAAAAACGAAACAUAAAUCAAGUAAAUUGUCAAAAUCCCCAUUUGUAAAUGUAACUAAAUCUACAUAUAUACGGAAAUAUGAAUAUAGGCGUAUAUGUAUGUGUAUAUGUCUGUGUGUGUAUGUGUGUAAGUCAUUUCAAAGUUUUUUCAGAUAGUUAAAUAUAUAAAUAUGGAGAUAGCCAGACUCCAUCAUAGAGAACCACCUCCUUUCACCCAAGAAACGUAAAUCCGCAAACCCAAUUUGAGCUCAACAUUUGUAUAAUAAACACUCAUACACAUACUCUUAUAUAUAUGUAUAUGGUAAAGUAUAUAUAUAAACCAUCAACUAAAUGUAAAUAUUAGAUAUGCCAAUAGAUAAAAAAAAGAAAGCCAAUUACUUGAUCCAACUUGAUGGUUAAAAAUCUGUGUAUUUCUGUUAGAAAAGAUAGGCUAAAAACGAAACCCAAAAGCAGUAAAUCAACUUUUUAUGAAAGGGAAAUUUAGGUUAAAAGUUUUCAGAAUUUAUGUAUUUAUUGGCGAGAAAGGGGAGAAGGAUGAAGAAUUGAAACAAAUACCUAGACCUACAUAUCUCAGGAAGUCCUCACUCAGUUUUCUCUAUCAAAAAUAUAGUUUUUAAACCAUUAAAAAAUGUCAUAGAACACAUUUAAAAUCUCAUAAAAGUUUUAGUGCAAUUUAUUUGCGAACUGUGCAUAAAAGACCCCAUGAGGCAAAGAAAUAAAAAUAAAAUGCAUUAAACGAAAUAUUCAACGCAGUUAAACCUUCCAAUUCAAAACUUAUUGUAAAGAAGUUUCCCCAACUCGUAAGCAAAGCAUUCCCUUUCCCUUUUGCCUUAAAUCUUGGCUAAAAAAUCUGUUGGAAUUCUAUUUUGAAAUCCACAAAUUUAUGUAGCACUCUCCGACACUGGCUGACAGCUUGACAGGAUUCCAAUUUGCUCGACCCAAGGACUAAAUGAAAUUUGAAUGUACUUGCUGAAUAGCUUGACCCCAUUCUACUGCCCAGAAGAAAGUUGCCCCCUAAUCAAAUUAGGACGAUUUAAACAGUAAUUGCAAAGAGAAAUUCCAGCCCAAAAGUUGAUUUACUGCUGUCCCAUAAACAAACAAAAAAGAAAGGAAGAAAAAGCGAAAAAUAAUACAAGCAGAAUUUGUGUGAAUUUCCCCCGUAAGCUUAGAACAAUUGUAAAAUCGAAUCGAGCGAAAUUGUAGAACAAAUAAAAGCCG